AUGCGCACUUCGAUCCUCCUCCUCGUCUCGUCGUUUUGGCUGCACGUCGGCGCCCAUUCCUGGCUCGACGCGAUCACGUGCGGCGACAAGGUCGGGUACGCGCGCAAUUUCUCUUCACGGGACGCCUUGCUGCGUGACGGCCUUAUCUUUGACCGCUUCAUGACGUACCGCCUUGAGAACCGGAAUGCCUCGCAGCCGCUCUGCGCGCCGACACAGCGAGCGCCGCUGCAGCGAGCGUCGCACCCGCGCCUCGUGUGUGCGCCCGGCGACACCGUCACGUUCUACUACAACGAGAACGGGCACGUGACCAAGGACAAGUGCCAGCCCAACGAUCCGCGCGGCUGCGACGGCAUCUACGCAAAGAACACCCCGUGGUACAUCUACUGGGACGUCUCAAGCGACACGAGCAUCACGACCCGAAACGAUACGACGCGUGCGCUGCCUCUCGGUCGCAAGACCAACACUACGCGCUUGGUGGAGCUUGGGCGAGGCCUCUUUGACGAUGGGCUCUGUGGCGAGACGUCCAAGUACGGCCGCCCGCGCGCCCGUCAAGGGCGGCCGUGCAUCGGGUCGUUCCAGCUGCCACCGAUGAACGCCAGCAACAACAGUAACAGCACGCACGUGCUCUCGUUGGUGUGGCACUGGGUCUUCGACAAGGUCUACGGGGUUGGCGAAGAGUACACAACCUGCUUUGACAUUGCCCUUGCUUGA